UCAGGGCUAGGGGGCGCCCUGACUCGUGCGUACGGGCGCCAGAGCUGGGUCAGCGCUCAAGGUACCAGUGCCCAGAGCGGUUCGGAGAUGCAGGCGGCUCGGAUGUCCUCGAGCGUGGGACGGCAGCUGCUGAGGCUGGGGGGCGUAAGCUCGCGGCCCACGGCACUCCUGGGGCAGCCCCGGCCCGGCCCUGCCCGGCGGCCCUAUGCCGGGGUCGCCGCUCAGGCGGCUGUGGACAAGCCAGAUUCCCACUCCUCUGAUUCUUCGACCAGGGAAAAACUGGCCAAGACGGUAAGUAGCCCCGAGGCCAGGUGGACCUUAACCAGGGACAGACUCACCCCAACCAUAGUCCUGAAACCCCCUCUCUCUGCCCAGGAAUCUAAGUCUUUUGCUGUGGGGAUGUUCAAAGGCCAGCUCACCACAGAUCAGGUGUUCCCAUACCCUUCUGUGCUCAACGAAGAGCAGACACAGUUUCUUAAAGAGCUGGUGGGGCCUGUGUCCCGUUUCUUCGAGGAGGUGAACGAUCCUGCCAAGAAUGACACUCUGGAGGUGGUAGAGGAGACCACUUUACAGGGCCUCAAGGAGCUGGGGGCCUUUGGUUUGCAAGUGCCCAGUGAGCUGGGUGGUGUGGGCCUCUGCAACACCCAGUACGCCCGCCUGGUGGAGAUCGUGGGCAUGCAUGACCUUGGCGUGGGCAUUACCCUGGGGGCCCAUCAGAGCAUCGGUUUCAAAGGCAUCCUGCUCUUUGGCACGAAGGCCCAGAAAGAAAAAUACCUCCCCAAACUGGCAUCUGGGGAGACUUUGGCCGCUUUCUGUCUAACCGAGCCCUCAAGCGGGUCAGAUGCAGCCUCCAUCCGAACCUCUGCUGUGCCCAGCCCCUGUGGAAAAUACUAUACACUCAACGGAAGCAAGCUUUGGAUCAGUAAUGGGGGCCUGGCAGACAUCUUCACAGUCUUUGCCAAGACACCAGUUACCGAUCCAGCCACGGGGGCUGUGAAGGAGAAGAUCACCGCUUUUGUGGUGGAGAGGGGCUUCGGGGGCGUUACCCAUGGGCCCCCUGAGAAGAAGAUGGGCAUCAAGGCUUCUAACACGGCAGAGGUGUUCUUUGAUGGAGUACGGGUGCCCUCAGAGAAUGUGCUGGGUGAGGUUGGGAGUGGCUUCAAGGUCGCCAUGCAUAUCCUCAACAACGGAAGGUUUGGCAUGGCUGCAGCCCUUGCAGGUACCAUGAGAGGCAUCAUUGCCAAGGCGGUAGAUCAUGCCGCUAAUCGUACCCAGUUUGGGGAGAAAAUUCACAACUUUGGGCUGAUCCAGGAGAAGCUGGCCCGGAUGGUUAUGCUGCAGUAUGUAACUGAGUCCAUGGCUUACAUGGUGAGUGCUAACAUGGACCAGGGAUCCACAGACUUCCAGAUAGAGGCCGCCAUCAGCAAAAUCUUUGGCUCGGAGGCAGCCUGGAAGGUGACAGAUGAGUGCAUCCAAAUCAUGGGGGGUAUGGGCUUCAUGAAGGAACCUGGAGUAGAGCGUGUGCUCCGAGAUCUUCGCAUCUUCCGGAUCUUUGAGGGGACAAAUGACAUUCUUCGGCUGUUUGUAGCUCUGCAGGGCUGUAUGGACAAAGGAAAGGAGCUCUCUGGGCUUGGCAGUGCUCUAAAGAAUCCCUUUGGGAAUGCUGGCCUCCUGCUAGGAGAGGCAGGCAAACAGCUGAGGCGGCGGGCAGGACUGGGCAGCGGCCUAAGUCUCAAUGGAAUCGUCCACCCAGAGUUGAGUCGGAGCGGUGAGCUGGCAGUGCAGGCUCUGGAGCAGUUUGCCGCUGUGGUGGAGGCAAAGCUGAUAAAACACAGGAAGGGGAUUGUCAAUGAACAAUUUCUGCUGCAGCGGCUGGCAGACGGGGCCAUCGACCUCUAUGCCAUGGUAGUGGUUCUCUCGAGGGCCUCAAGAUCCCUCAGUGAGGGCCACUCCACAGCCCAGCAUGAGAAAAUGCUCUGUGACACCUGGUGUAUCGAGGCUGCAGCCCGGAUCCGAGAGAGCAUGGCCACUCUGCAGUCGGACCCCCAGCAGCAGGAGCUCUACCGCAACUUCAAAAGCAUCUCCAAGGCCUUGGUGGAGCGGGGUGGUGUGGUCACCAGCAACCCAAUUGGCUUCUGAAUACUCUUGGCCAGGGCCUGGCCUGGUUAUGUGCCUUCCCUCAAGCCAAAGCUGAAGCCCCUCUCCCGAGGGCCCUGGUUUGUCCAGGGGGUGGUCAUAGUGUUCCCAAGACUGUGCCUGCUCUCCAGAGCACUUAACUGCCUCACAAAUAAUAAAAUUUCUAACAAGUCA